AUGUUAAUUCAUUUUUGCAACUCAGUAAAGUCUCUUUACUUAUCGCGUUGCUUUUGUAGUACCACGAUAUUAUUCAGUAAUAAGUAUAAAGAUUUUUGGAAGGAGGAACUUUCUUUAAAUAUUUUCAACAUGCCUAAAAAAUCAAGAGAGUAUGUUUCAAGCGACGAAAGUGAAUCUGGAAGUCAUUCCGAGGAAGAGAAACCAAAAAAGAAGCCAAAGCGCGAAGAAAAAAAGUCCAAAAAGGAAGAGAAAGAGGACAAGCCUGCUAAAAAAGCAUCUUCCAGCAAGGUCGACGACGAGGAGCCAACCUGGAGCAUUGGUAACAAGAGACAGGUCACUGUACGUACAUUCAAGGGAAAAUUGUACAUUGACAUUCGUGAGAUGUAUUUAGAUGCCAACAGCGGUGAUCUUAAGCCUGGUCGCAAAGGAAUUUCUUUGACUCCUGAGAACUACAACAAGCUGAAAGAUAUAUUAGAAGAGGUUGAUGAAGCAGUUGCUCGCAAAGCAUAA